ACAAAGGUGUGUUGUACUCAGUGUACGGGCCAGCGUUGCUGUCAACGAUCGGUGUCAAAACGAAACACUGUUAAUUAACUAUAGUACAGAAGUGUCCUAUAGUAUGAUAACGUGACCAUGUGAUUUAUUGUUAGAAUCAAUAUGUAUCAGUACAUGAGAGGCAGGGAGCAUCUCGUAAGUUUAUGCAUGAGGAAUGCGGCGCGAAGAUCACUCUCUUUUCUAGUAUUGUUGUUGAUUAUGACUAUGCUAAUGUGUGCGAACUACAAGACUUCACUGCAGGAGAACGCGACAGCUACUUCCGGCAUAAUUGUUCAAGCAGAUGAUGGUAGUGAUUCCACCUGGUGGCGGCGAUACUUUUGUCGAAAAGUCAGUUAUGGAAAAGAUGCCAUCUCUCUUCCUGUUUUGCAUAGGGAUGUGGAACCAUCAGCAGAGGACACGAACAUCUUUAUGCUUGAGAUGUCCUGCAAUCCUCGCCCGCUGUACCGAUCAUGGUGCGGGUUGGAGAGUUGGGCGUUACAAAACCGUCGAAGUGCCGUGUGGCUGGUGAUGCUUGGCACAGCAGUGGACCCCACCGGCGGCUUGCUCCUGGCUCUGGAACACGCCUAUCCUAACCUGCACGUGGUCACCGUGGACCUGGAAUGGUUGUUCAGGGAUCUGCCUACAAAGACCCUGUUUUCCUCAGGCCAGUGGGCCGACUCCUCGUGGCCGGCCAAGAGUCUGAGCAACAUGGCGCGUCUGGCAUUGGUAUGGCACUAUGGUGGUUUUUACGCUGACUUCGACACUGUCUGCCUGCGCCAAACAGAACACCUUAGGAACGUGGUUGGCAGCCAAAGUGCGAACUAUGUUAACAACGCAAUUUUUCACUUCGAUCGUCACCACCCGUUUGUUCAUCAAAAUAUGGAACGACAAAAUAUUAGUUUUAACGGAGCACUACUCAACGUCAACGGAGUAAACAUAAUGUCCAGCACGGCUAAAAUGGCUUGCAACACUACAAACUUCGAUGAGCUGGUGGCACAGAGCAGGGGAAAGUGUCGGAGCUUCACAGUGCUUCCUCAGUCUGCAUUCUAUCCUGUGUCUUGGGAGAACUGGAAAGACAUAUUUCGUCUUGGAGCUGGUCCGGAUCUUAUGAAGAAGCUGAACAGCAGUUUUGUCUUACAUGCCUGGAAUGUGUUCAGCGCUCCCUACCCAGUAAGAGUUGGAAGAGGAGCCCUCUAUGAUUUGGUCUCCUCUGCCUACUGUCCCAUUACCAAGAGGAGGGUAGUUGACGAGGAAAGAGUAUGGUACUCACCUUAUUAAUUGUCCAUCCCACAGCCAUCCAUUGCCAGAAGAGAGGUGGAGGUUGGGAGGCCCUGGCCUUAAAAAGGAGAGAAGAAAAUUACCGUGAGACGAAAACUUUCACAGAGUUAUUUCCCUUCCUGUCUUUCCCUUUAUGUAAUGUGUGUGUGUGUGUGUGUGUGCUGAGAAAUAAAAGAUCCACAAAUCCACCAAUUCGAUUUAGUCUUUGGCUCAAGUUGAAACCAUCUUGUGUUCCAUGGUAAGAUAAGGAACGUGAAACCCCUUCGACACCAUGACGCAUUUCUAUAUUCCUUCUGGUUGCUGUCUGGGGACUUUAUAAAGCUUCACAAACUUAUGUCGGGGAUUAAAAUAGUGAAGACUAUGGCCAUUAAUCUUGUGCCCUCCAUAGACCCUUCCUAAUGAAAAUAAAAUCGUCUAAUUAUGCCCAAAAAUUCGUGGUAAAAACGCGUCAUGGUACUGAAGGGGUUAGUAACAUGUAAUGCAGGACUUUACUCUUGCAUCAUAUCUGGAGAGGGACAUGCACGUGGGAGCCAGGGAACGGGUUUGAAUUCUGGUUAAGGUCAGAGAUUGAUAAGAAGGACAUCCAUCCACUUGGGUCUUGGGGUAACGAUCGUCAAACACCAAAACCUGUCAAGGCACCGAGCCGGUCUUUCAUCCUAACCUGCAGCCCUUUGAAGCGUGCUUGUAGGACGCUCUUCUCUACCAACUCAACUUUGGCGCUCGUCACGUUGCCACGACACU